AUGGUCGCAAUCCUCCCAGACGAAGUCCUUGACAUCAAGAUCUAUCCCCCACCACCCACAACCGUAAUCCACGGCCUCGACGGUACCAACAAGCUCGAUCUCAUCGCCUCCGUCCUUGCUGCCCGCAGGCUUCCCCACGCGAUCGUCAAAUGUCGAGAAUGUCUGUCGCAGCGACAUCUCCUGUCCAAGAUCUUCACCAGCUGUGCGAGAGCACUGGAUCGGGCGGAGGCGAUUGAGUCGUAUGAGAGGGUUGAGAACAUCAAUGGGCUGCUCGUGAACCUCGAGAGGCUGUGUAGGAGUGUAGACAAACGGCAUGUCGUACUUGUGCUGGAUGCGGUGGACGAGUUAAGGGGAGCAGGGGGAACGUUGUUGGCUGCGCUGGCGAGGCUGGGUGAUUUGAUCCCAACCCUCUCCCUCAUCCUAACCACAACCUCCCCACGCCCCCUCCCCCUUCAUCGCUCAGGAGUCCCCUACAUCCACUUCCCACCAUACACGCGCUCCGAAGCCGUGAUCAUCGUCACCACUAGCAUACCCGACGACAAGCUCAUCCCACCCCGCCUCGCUCCCAACCUCAACAUCGCCCAACCCAUCAAGGAUUCUCUCCACAAGAUCUACACGCAAUUCGCAAUCACGGUCUACGACGCCCUCAUCGCACCUACAAGCACGCACUCGCUAGCGGUCUUCCGGCAGUGUUUGGAGAAAUUGUGGCCGCGGUUCAUAUGGCCGGCUUUGGAUGGGGAGGUGCUGCCUGUGAAUAGUAGGAAUAAGAAGGGCAAGGACACGAAGUGGGACUUCGCGAGACUAUUGGUGCGAAAUCGCGGCUUGUUAAGUGGCAAAGCCGUUGAGCAGGUACUGUUGGACACGCUUGAGCGCGACCGAAGUGAGGGAUGGAGUUUCGACGAUCUACAGCGAGAGUCCUCGCAGAAGAGGCAGCAGAAGGAGAGACAGUCGCAAGCGCAGGAAGCAUUGCAGCUCUUGUCUGAUCCGAACGUGGCGGCGACUGACGUCGCUGCGUUACCUGCCGGCUCGGUCGCAUCGCUGGCGCAGAAGCAUCUCCUAACGCCCCUCAUAGCCCUCCUCCUUCUAGCAACCCACCUCGCCAGCACGACGCCCUCAAAACACGACAUCCUCCUCUUCUCCCGCCUGUCCAAUACCUCCGCCAAACACCGUAAGAUCCGCUACAUCAAGCGUGGGAACCCAGGUUCUACUCCCAAGAAGGCGAAUGAGGACGGCAGAAGAAAAGACAAGACGAAACGAGCAGGACCUAGGGCGGUAGGGCUGGAGCGGGUGCUUGCUUUGGCAAGGGCGGUGAGUGGUGAAGUACUGACUGAGAAGGGGCACAAGGGAUGGAGUGAUGCUGCCAUGGGGGCGAUGGGGGAGUUGGAAAGGAUGCGGCUCGUUAGGCGCGAUGACGCACCCAGACAAUGGGCGGUGGAGGAGAUGGGGCAGGAGAAAGUGGUAUGGUGA